CUUCAAUAAAUUAACAACUUCACCCACUUUCUCUUUCGACUUCAUUCUCCUCUCUUCAUUGAUUCAACCAGUCAGGAGUCUGUUUACUGGUGGAGUUUCAAGCCCAUGCUGAAUCUUAACCACGACGUUGUUCCAUCGGAGAUGGUUACUGAGAAUUUUCUGAAUCUUCCAGCGAACAGAAUGGAAACCGCUGGAUGUUUCAACUCGUCCCCCGUCGUUAAUGGCGAUCCUUCCGCCAGCACCACCAACGUCGACGAGGUUUUCCCGUUCACUUUCGGUAAAAAUUCCGCGGUUCAAGAAAGCUCAACGGUGAAAUCACUUUCUAUUUCCGAUGACCACCGCGACCAGACGAUGGAGCUCUUCCCGUUAACGGACGGAUUAAAUUCUAUUUCCGAUGACCACCGCGACCAGACGAUGGAGUUCUUCCCGUUAACCGAAGGAUUAAAUUCUAGUUCGAGUACUCAGAAGCAGUGGCCGGGGGUUUCUCCAUCGGAAUUCAAACAUGGAGACGGCGGCGCACCGGCGCAGCCACAGGAUCAGGCGAUGAGGAAAAACAGACGCGGUCCAAGGCCUCGAAGUUCGCAGUAUCGUGGCGUUACGUAUUAUCGUAGAACCGGGAGAUGGGAAUCGCAUAUUUGGGACUGCGGGAAACAGGUUUAUUUGGGCGGUUUCGAUACUGCUCAUGCUGCCGCCAGAGCAUAUGAUAAAGCGGCGAUCAAGUUUCGGGGGGUCGACGCAGAUAUCAAUUUCAGUGUCAGAACUUAUGAAGAAGAUAUCAAACAGAUGAGUAAUAUCACUAAGGAAGAGCUUAUUCAUAAUCUUCGUCGCCGUAGCAAUGGAUUUACAAGAGGGAGCUCCAAGUACAGAGGAGUUACCUUGCAUAAAUGUGGUCGAUGGGAAGCUCGGAUGGGCCAGUUCUUAGGCAGAAAGUACAUGUAUCUUGGUCUCUUUGAUAGUGAGAUUGAAGCUGCAAGGGCCUAUGACAUAGCUGCCUUAAGAUGCAAUGGUAAAGAGGCUGUAACAAACUUUGAUCCAAGUUCUUAUAUGUCAGAGAUGGCUGCAGAGACUGACACAGGAGAGGACAACCAGAGUCUUGACCUGAGUUUGCGAAUUGCUCCCCCCAAUCAUUCUGACCCUCAAAGUGAGAGCAUUCGCAUGUUUGGUAAUGGUUGUCAUCUCAGCUCACCCGACGUCGUCGUUGAUGGUAGAACGACGCUUGACAACUCUGUUUCGGCAGCAAUUGGAUCUUCUCAGCCAUAUGGCUAUGCUGUGCCUUCAAAUUCCUGUUUCUAUACCAUCUCCAGGGACAGAGCAGCAGAGACGAGAAUGGGGGAGUGGCAAAUCCAUGGCCACUCAAAUGGAUUAACCUCUGUGCCAUUCUUCUCUGCUGCAGCAUCAUCAGGAUUCCUUUCUUCUUCUUCUUCUUCUUCUUCUUCUUCUUCUUCUUCUGCCAUUUCAUCCUCUGCUGUUGGUGAAAUCCAUUUCUCAGCUAUUUUCCAUCACCAUGACAGCAACUUAUCCAACUUCUACUGUAGGAAUUGAACUGGAAAUCCCUUGGGGGAA